UGAACCAAAGUCCAAAGAAGAAUCAGAACCUAAGUUGACCCCAACUCUUGUUCAAACUACUGCAUGGCCCACCAAAAGGCCAACACUCAGAGGAAACAUCUCUAAAACCAACCAGACUGCUAAACUUGGUCAAGCACCAAAGCAAAAGCCAAAAUUUCAAAAACCAGGGACAGGUCUAAAUACUAAAACAUUUAUAAAGUUCAAACCAGGACAACCACCAAAAACAAAUCCAAAACUCAAACCACCCAGACCUGGACAAAAACCUCCUCCAGGAUUUACUCCUUUCCGGGACAAAUUCUUCAAAACCCAGUCCAACAAAACUAAUCUGAGGCCCCCAUAUCGAUUUAGACCUCCACCCAGACCUACAUCCGAACCACCGUCAGAAACCAAUAAAAGUUUAAAUCCAGCAGUUCAACCACAACCCAAGCAGAUGAACAAAACAGGAACAGAUCCAACUCCAAUCAGUUGGACGUCUUCAGUUGCCUUUCAAAAUUCCAAUACCAACACAUCACCAAGAUCUAGUCCUGUAAAACAGAUUUCUGAAAUGACACAAUCCCCGUGGGACUCAAAAUCUAGUGUCAGCAUUAGAAAAACCAUUACUGAAGGAACAAGACAUCCAAUCACAUCAGUAAAAAAUCUAGCUAAAAAUCUUUUUUCUGAGCCCAACUCCAGCCCAGACUCAACAUCUGAAGAGAACAUUUCUGAACUGGUAAAUACAACACCUUAUUGGGAGACUACAUUUGGCCAGGAGAUUUCAAAAGUUCAUCAAAAUCCCACAACAAAGACAGAGUUGGAAUCUACAACCGUUUUAACAACAACAACAAAACCUCUAGGAGAGGGUAUGGACAAAUCUGAUGAUAACACUACUCUUAAACCAAAAUCCAAGACGGAAUCACUACCAAAGUUGAAAACAACCCCUGUUCAAACUACUGCAUGGCCCACUCAAAGGCCUACAGUCAGCAGUAAUGUCUCCAAAAUGAACCAAACUGCUAUAUUUGAUCAAGGACCAAAGCAAAAUCAAAAAAUUAAAAAACCAGGGACAGGUCUAAAUAUUAAAACAUUUUCAAAGUCUAAAACAGGACAACCACCAAAAACUAUUUCAAAACUCAAACCUCCCAGGCCUGGACAAAAGCCUCAUCCAGGAUUUACACAUAUCCGGGACAAAAUCCACAAAGCACAGACCAACAAAACAUCAAAAUUGAAGCCCCCAUUUCGGUUUAGACCUCCAACCAGACCUACGUUAGAACCACCAGCAGAAACAAUUCAAAAGCUAGAUCCAGCAGUUCAACCAGACCCAAAGUUAAAAAUAAAAUCAGGGGCAGCGCCAACUCAAUCAAGCUGGACGUCAACUAAAAUCCAAACCAUGAGCACUACUAUGCAAUCUACACUUGGUUUUGUAAAAAAGUUGGCUGAAGAGACUCCUUCUCCAUUGGACAACAAUCCCAAUGUCAGUUUCAAGAAAACCAUCACUGAACAACCAAAGAACCUAAUCACUUCAACAGAAAUGUCUAAUGAAAACCUUUUGCCUGAGCCCAACUCCAACCCAUACACAACAUCUGAAGAGAAAAGAUCUCAACUGCUUACAUCAACAGCUCAUUGGGACAUUAAACCAACACAGAAGACCUCAACAGUUCAUCAAAACCCCAAAAUAAGCAAAAAAUGGGAAUUUGGAGCUAGUCCAAUAACCACACCAAAACCUUUAGAAGAGUCAAGGGAAGUAUCUGGUGAUAAUUUUCUUCAUGAACCAAAGUCCAAAGAAGAAUCAGAACCCAAGCCAACUCCAACUUCUGUUCAAACUACUGCAUGGCCCACUCAAAGGCCUGCAGUCAGCAGAAACAUCUCUAAAUUGAACCAAACUGCAAAACUUGGACAAGCACCAAAGCGAAAUCCAACAUUUCAAAAACCAGGGACAGGCCUAAAUACAAAGCCAAAUAAAAACCAAAAACCAGGACAACCACCAAAAACUAUUUCAAAACUCAAACCUCCCAGGCCUGGACAAAAGCCUCAUACAGGAUUUACACCUAUUCGGGACAAAUUCCACAAAGCACAGACCAACAAAAC